AAGAAGUCUGUUAUCACCACAUUAGGCCUACAAACACAUUCAAAUUAUACUCGAUAAAACUGGAAUUCAGGAAUCUGUACAAAACCAACUGACCAACCAGAAUCUCCGAGUCUGACUGAGGUUGCACUGUUUGUUUCACAUCACCACAGGGACCAAAUCACAAUCGUCAUGAAGUUUGCAUUUGUUGCUUUCAUUCUUUUCGCCGCAGUUGAUGGAUUGCUGGCUGCACAAUGUUACUCUUGUGCUUAUGUCUCUGGUCUAAGCGGAGAUGAAUGCAAUGAUCCCUUUGAUACAACUGGGAACUCUACAGACACCUGUGAAGGAACUUACUGUAUGAAAUCUACAGCAAAAAUAAAUGGGGAGGUAACAUCGGUGACCCGCAGCUGCAGUGAAGUAUGUACCGAGCUGUGUGCUGAAUUAUUUGGCAUUGAAGGAUGUGCUUUCUGUUGCCAAGGUGAUAAUUGCAAUGGAGCAUCAUCACUCACUUUCAGUAUUUGUACAAUUGUUUCCAUGGUAACUUUUGUCAGAAAACUAUCUGCAUAGAGACUUAUGUUCAACACUUACUAUGUUGUUGAUGGAUCUAUUUGACCAGUUUAAGUUCAUAUACACUUUGUUAGCUAGAUAUGGUGGUAACUUGAUUCAAGAUAUGAUUGGCAUGAACAGUUUGUAAACAAUAGAUAAGUUGCAUUUUGGCUUGCAGGCGCAUCAAGAGCUCAGUUAAUUAACACUUACCAUGCUGUUUACUAACCAAUCAAGCACGCCGUUCUUGCUCAAAACGCGUGGCUGUGUGUACCCAAUUGCCCAUAAAGAUGGCUGAUUUACGUCGUGUGGGAACUAUCUAUAGGAAGCAUGGGUCAGUCAUAAACCAUUUUACAACUUUGUUCAUGCCUCUUAUACCAAGAUGAUUACCAGCAAAUAGAUUCCAACUUGGUACUUUUCAUGGUUAACAUAGAAUAAAUAUCAUCCAAUAUUAAAUCAUUUUAUGAAAUUUAUCUUUCGUAAGUUCCCUUGUGUUACUCAUGUUUUGAAAAUGUUAAAUGUUUUUUUUUUGCCAUGGCAGUGUUAUAUAUGUCACUUUUCAUAAUAAAAACCCUAAUUUGGGGGGCUUGCGUCAAAAGUUAUCCAUACCCAUGGGUAAAUGGGUAAGAUUCAGCAUACAUGUCAUUAUUUGUCUUCAAUGUCAUUAAAUUAUAACAGGCAUGCAACUCUUCCGCGUUUUAAAAAAAUUUGUAUAUUAUCUUUUUGUUCCCAGAUUUGUUUAGCCUAAUAUUAUAUGCCUGGCAACAACAGUGUACAACUACAAUCAUGUAAAAUAAGCCUAGUACAUGCUAACAAUGCACCUAAGAGCAUGAUAAACCUCAACAUUUUCUAGGGUAUCAUUUUGGGUGUCAUGUCCCAUGGCGUUU